UGGAUAGUUCAUCUCUAAUAUUGAAGAAUUUGUUUUUAAAUUUUGUGAUAAACAAUGGCUAGCGAGGACUUAUUUGAGAAUGAAUUCUCGGAAGAACAAGAUCAGGAGCUGCAGCAGGCCAUGGAGACGGAGGCAGAGGAACCACGGGAGGCCAAGGAAUCCCCGGAAGUUAUAGAGGAAACGCCGGAGAACCCCCCAGCGGAAUCUGCCACAGAACCAGUUGCAGACAAACCGCUGACGAAUGGCACCAAACCCUCUGCAGAUCACGAAGCCAGGAUGACACAACUUCCCAUGGCCAGAAUACGAAACAUAAUGAAACUGGAUCCGGAUCUGCACAUGGCCAACAAUGAGGCUGUCUUUACGGUGGCCAAAGCGGUCGAAUUAUUCAUCGCCUCGUUGUCCCGGGAAUCAUACACCUAUACGGCACAGUCCAAGAAGAAAACCAUCCAAAAGAGGGACGUGGAAAUGGCCAUAUCGGCUGUGGACAGCCUGAUGUUCCUAGAUGGUGCCAUGAACUUUUGAAUACCCAAAUGAAACAAGAUUCCUUGAUUAUUCUUUUCUUUAUUUUGGGAUAUUAUUCGCGGCAAACACAUUCAGUUCUAAUCGCCCUAAUACGGUUUAAUGUUAAAAAUAAUAUUUAAGAUAUAAAACAAUAGUCGGUUCGCAAGAAAACAAACGAAAUAAAAGGAAAUCAUAAUU